AAAAUGAACCUGUCUCUCUCAUGCAUUGAGCGUUGCGAUGAAUAUGACUGAGAGGACAAUCACUUAUGUACUUGACCAAUAAUCGCCUGAGCUCUCUAUGGGUGAGAUAUUAGCGGAAGCCGAUUGUUGACAAGCCAGAAUCGGAAUCGGGCCUUUAUUUUUCUUCCGAAAGGUUCAUGCAAAGUUUCAUCCUAGCCGCAUUUUUCAUUGCCGGCCUAGAUCUGACACUUCUUUAUUCGGAUAUCCCUGGCUUGAUAGAGGCUGGAACGUUGCGAAUAGUUUCCCAGGUGACGGACGACGGUUUACAAACUACCUACUCUGAUGAGCAUGGUUGGGAAUUCAUCUCCCCCGCACGUUUCCGCUGUGUUGAUGUGGCGCGGAUUACGGCACGUCCGUCUCAUCUCCUCAUUGGUGAUUACCGCCUAUUCGGACAUACUGACGGGAUCUUACAAUACCACUAUAUUAUCGUGGCUGUCAUGGGUGUAAGCUGCUAUGGAAUGCUAUUCGGCCAAUAUUUAGAGCGUGUAACACAAAGCGUCUACAGUCCCUAAGACUAACUCUCGGUCCCAUAUCUCGGUCCCAUAGGAGCCCAACAGCGGUGAGUGGAUGGGGCUAGCCAAGGUGUGCCUUUGACUAUGGUCACGAUGGUGAACUUCUUCCCCGCGUUUGGAAUUACCCCCGUCGGGUAGCUUACCACAAUCCUUUGU